ACUUACUCCUGCCAUUUUAGAGGUACGGAGAGGAGACUCGGGGCUGCGGAGGUUGGCGUUUUCGUGCGGUCACUGGUGGUGUCGUGGUUGAGGAAGCUCGGUUUUCAUGUCUUGCCGGAUUGGCUGGCGGUCUUGGCAUCGCGGCUUCCGACCCUGAAGACUUCGCGACCACGCUUUCUUUUUUCACUUCACCGACGUCAAGCCCCGCACCCAGUCCCGAAUCGCUCUCGCAAGGACCGCAUUAUACGCCGCCGCACAUACGCCUUCAAUUGGCCUUCGGCUCGCUCGGCGUUGCUGACUGCUUUAUCCUACUCCACCAACGGCGGUCCCUGACUCUUUUGCUUCGUACACAGCAGCCGCUAUGCCUUCCGUAGAGACCCCCGCCGUCUCCAGGUCCGGCAUCACAACCUCCGCAACUGGCGAACGUCAUAUCCCCUCAUCCACCCGUGCCGAUGGCUCCGUCCGCAAAGAGAUCAAGGUCCGCCCAGGCUACCGCCCGCCCGAGGAUAUCGACGUGUACAAGAAUCGCACUGCCGAAGGCUGGAGGAACAAGGGAAAAGGGGGCGUUCCGGGAGCGGAGGGUCUGAAAUCGGAGGAGGACCCCGCCAAAGGAAGCCCUGCGGCGAACAAGAACGCGAAACGCAGGGAAGCCAGGAAGAAGGCGGCUGCCGCGGCGGCGGCGGCGGAUGGUAAAGAGGAGGAAAAGACCGCGGAUGCUGAAAGCAAAGAGGCACCUGAACUCGCCAAACCCGUGGACCCCGAAGCAGAGAAGGAGAAGGACGCCAAGAAGCUGCUCAAGAAGCUACGCCAGGCCCGCGAGCUGAAAGACAAAAAGGAGAAGGGCGACGUGUUGCUGCCAGAGCAAUUUGAAAAGGUGAUCAAAAUCAACGAGCUCAUCCGGCAACUGGAAACCCUUGGAUUCGACGCUCAGGGCGAAAAGAAGAAGGCUGAGACUUGAAUUUAGGAAAGAGCCAGGUUGCAAGACGAACGAUAUGCAGACUUGACCCGCAAAGGACUCAUCCAAGCCGACGAAUUACAUGCCGGGUCCGUACACCGCCACUGUUGUCCACAGAUGUGACGAAGGC